GUUCUGGUCGAAAGAUGGGCGGAGGGUGCGCGCGUUUGUGCACGCGCUCGCUCCCCUCUCUCGGUUGCUUCAGUUAUUGCCCGCUGGACGCUGCCGGGAUGAGUUCUCCGUUAGGAUAGCUGUGUGGCUGUGAUUCCUCUGCCAUUUUGUCCGAGACCUACUAACCUAAGGAAUUCAUACUGAUCACGUCCUACAAAAAUAUCCAAAGAAUAAGUUAAUGUAAAAGCACAAACAAUGUGUUCUGAAAACCACCCCAGCUGGGUCAAGUUUGAUGAUGACAACACUGCCUUCCAGUUGCCACAGAAGCCUCUGCAGUCCCCAGACACUCACACCGGCAUCCCCAGACCCAAUGGAUUGAAACUUAACCUGCCUUCUUACCAUGAAUAUUCCAGAAGGUCUUCCUCCUUAAGCAGCAGUCCAUUAACAUCGCCUCUGACUUAUUUCAAUGGAAGCCCCUGUGUUCCUAGUAAUACACCACUAUGUACACCAAUUAGAGAAACGCCAGGAAGCUCUUUUUCCAUGCAGUCAGGAUUGUAUAAUCCAUAUGCAGUUUUCAAGAUGUCUUUACCAUCUAACAGCAAUUCAUCUGCAUUGCCUGUUGAGGAUAUCAGUUCAGAUUCUCAAAACACAACCAGGGUCUUCACAGCAGAGCCUUCCAUAUCACAGACUGCAUUCACCCCAGAGAUGUCUGGUCAGUUCCUUCCUUUCCAAGAGGACAAUGGUCAUUCUAACCCUUUUCUGAUCGAAGCGCAACAGUCAGGGAGUUCCUCCUCAGGCUCUGAACAUAACUUAACUGAGAACAAUUUGUCUCACUUUUAUUGUAAAAAAGAGACCGGUGAUCCCCGUCGAAGCCAUAUUCAAAAUUCCUUCAACUAUAUUUGUGAGAAACUUGCCAGGCUUCAGGCCUGUGAAACAGAAGAGCGGUCAGCGCUGUUGCAUCAUAACCCGGAGUCUCGUGGCUUUGUCCCACAAGGCCUGUUUUGUAGUGAAAACCGAGAUGGCUGGCCUCUGAUGUUGAGAAUUCCUGAAAAGAAAAAUCGAAUGUCAUCACGCCAAUGGGGGCCAAUUUACCUCAAACUUUUAAGAGGUGGUGUUUUGCAAAUGUACUAUGAGAAGGGCUUAGAGAAGCCUUUCAAAGAGUUUCAACUGAACCCCUAUUGUAGGCUUUCUGAGCAUAAGGUAGAAAACUUCAAUGAGCCAGGAAAAAUUCAUACUGUAAAGAUUGAACAUGUUUCUUACACAGAAAAAAAGAAAUACCAUCCUAAAGCAGAAGUGGUCCAUGAGGCAGAAGUAGAACAACUCUUGAAAUUUGGAAGCACAUCCUACGGUGAUUUUGUAGAUCUGUUAAACUCAAUUGAGGAAGAACUAAUGAGCCUGCCAGGCCACUCACUUCAAAGAAAGCAUUAUGAAGAGCAGGAGCUGACACUAGAAAUUGUAGACAACUUGUGGGCACAGCUUUCAAAGGAUGGAACGAUUAUAGAAAGCACUGUUAUAACCCGGGUUUUUUGCUUGGCAUUUGUCAAUGGCAGCAUUGAUUGUUUCUUGGCUUUAAAUGACUCUGAACUUCAGAAUAGAGACCCAAAUUACAGUGAAGAUGUGAGUGAGAACUGGAUAGACAUUGCUGACUACUCUUUUCACAAGUGUGUCAAAGAAGAUGAUUUUCAAAAACUGAGAAUUGUAAAAUUUAUGCCUCAUGAUGCCUGCAGAUUUGAGCUAAUGCGGUUUAGAACACUUUCAGCUAAUUGUGAUCUGCCAUUCUCAAUAAAAGCAGUAGUUACUGUUCAGGGAGCCUACAUCGAACUGCAGGCAUUCUUGAACAUGUCUACCAUUUUGGUGCAUUCUGACUAUUUACCAGCAUGUGAAAAUGUUGUUGUUCAGAUACCUGUUCCAGGAGAAUGGAUAAAAGUCUCUCGCACAGUAAGCCUUCUCAGGCAGAAGUCUUUAAAAUCUAAAAUGAACAGAAAUGCCUGCCUUGGAUCUGUGAGUACAGCUGAAACAGAACAAGUCAUGCAGGUCACAACUGGCACAGUUAAAUAUGAGGAUGCUUUUGGAGCAAUUGUGUGGAGGAUUGACCGACUGCCAGCCAAAAACGCACCACCGGAUCAUCCACACUGUUUUUCAUGUAGACUUGAACUGGGUUCAGAUCAAGAAAUCCCAUCCACCUGGUACCCUUACAUAACAGUGGAGUUUGAGGUGGCUUGUACAGCAGCCUCCCAGACAAGAGUCAUUUCCUUGGGCAUUGAAAGCGACAUCCAGCCACAGAAGCAUAUAUUUAGCAAGGCUCGCUACCGCUGCCAGCCUAAACUGUACAGAUCUAUAAUUGAGGAUGUCAUUGAGAGUGUGCAUGAGAUUUUCGUUGAUGAAGGUAUAGAAGAACAAGUUCUCAAAGACCUUAAACAAAUGUGGGAGUCCAAGAUCAUGCAGUCCAAAGCAGUUGAAGGAUUUGUAAAUGAGACCUUUAAUCCUUCAAAUUUUGUUCUUCAGCUUCCCCCAAACUUUAACCAUACUCUACAGAAGUCCACAGCAUCAAUUGUAAUUCCUGCUGGUCAGAAUGUUCAAAACUUUACAUCAACUGAUGUGAAUACCCAAGAUUCUCUGGCUACAUUUAGACUUCAACCUGGUGUCAAUUAUCCAGUGCAAAUACCUGCUGGAGUGACAUUGCAGACAUCAUCUGGUCAUUUAUAUAAGGUAAAUGUGCCUGUUAUGGUGACCCGUGCCUCAGGAAAUCAGAGAGUUCUUCAGCAACCAGUUCAGCCACUUCUUGACCAAAGAAAGCAAGUUGGUGGACAGGGCUGUGGUGUGCAAAACACCAUUUUUCCAAAUGUCUCUUCUCAAAGAAAUGAAGCCAUGCAGCAAUGUUCUAGUGGUCAGGCUGUGCAGCAAGUGUUGAUUGGACACACUGUAAACUCUAGUCAGAUGGCAACACAGCAACAAGUUGUCCUUCAACCACAAGUGGCAAUAAAUCAAGUCUUACUUCAACACAGUGAUAACCCAAGCAAUAAUCAGAGAGUCGAGGAAGCUCAAGAUUGUAAUCUUAUACCGUCCAUUGCAGAUCCUAUAUCUGGCUUUCCGGUUCAACCAAAUAAAUCAAACCAGGUUCUGAAUCUUCUUAUGGAGGAAAGUGAAAAUGCUACUUUCAAUUCUGAAAUAUUUGGACAAGAGCUCUAUGAUGAUGCAAAUUCGGGAAUUUCGGAAGGUGAAAAAGAGAUUGACUUUAAUACAUCAAAGGAUUACAAUUUUAAUGAUCUCAAAGAUGUAAUUCAGAUUGAUGGUACCUAUGACUCUUCAUCAGAGGAAGAUGUAGAAAAUUUGAAAGAAGUUAUGGAAAAUGAAUUUCUUGGAAUUAUUAGCACAGAAGAUAUUAAGGCAUUAGAAGAGGAUGAUAGUAGCUGUACUGUGGAUUCCUCAAGUGUUGGUGAUGAAGAGCCACCUGAGGAGAUUAUAGAGGAGGAUCCUUUAAACUCUGAAGAUGAUGUAAGUGAGCAGGACAUUCCAGAUCUUUUUGACACGGAUAACGUCAUUGUUUGCCAGUAUGAUAAGAUUCAUCGAAGUAAAAACAGAUGGAAAUUCUACCUUAAAGAUGGAAUAAUGAGCUUCAGUGGAAAAGAUUAUGCCUUCUCAAAAGCUAUUGGAGAAGCAGAAUGGUAAAAACCAUGUAGGAAAGCAGUUACUAUAAAAUCUUUUGGUCAAAUCUGUAGUGUUCAAGAGAACAAAACAUUGAAGUAUUUCAGGGUAGACUAUUUAUUAAUUGUGUUUCCUCAUAAGGAUGCAAGUUUUGAGUAAUAUCUAGAUAGUGAUAGAAUUUUUUUUUUUGUUAUAUUGUAGAAACUCCAUUUAGUUAGUAUAGGGCGUUUUUGAG